AUAGAGACUACACCUGUGCGCAGUCUUUCCCAUCACGACUUUGCUACUGUGACAAAGACUGCAGCUUUUUCGGUGACUGCUGCCAAGACUUUGAAGAAGGCAGUGAAUCCCAGACAACGUCUGACCAUCACCAUCUAAAGUGGGACUGUGUGUCUGGCUUUUCUCAUCGCGACGCUGAAAGGAAAGAGUCCUAUUGGAUGGUUGCUGACUGUCCUGAUGAAUGGACAGAUGACGUCACAAGGGAUAAGUGUUUAAAACAAGUGGACCCCUUUAACCCAAGUGAGCUAUUCCAUAGAAUGCCUGUGGAAGACGCUUCGAAAAUCCCCUACAGAAACAUAUUCUGUGCAAUUUGUAACAAUGUGUCUUUAACAGAGACAAUUACUUGGGAGUCGAAAGUUGAAUGUACAGGGAUGCUUGACUUGUCUGCUCAAAACCCUAGGGGUUCCCAAGAUUAUAACAGCAUCAUUGAAAGUAGUGAGAAAUAUUGCUUUGGAACGAAAACUAUAGCGUUUGUCCCUUUAGACACUAGGCAUGCUAGACGAUGUUUCCAUGUUGAUAUUUUAAAAGAGAGUUGUGAUAUCUCCUCAUGUAAGUCCUACAGUUACCCAAUAGGCAUUGGGUAUAAGAUUUACAAAAACGUUCACUGUGCUCUUUGUGAAGGAUUGCCUCUUCCGGCAACCGCAAACCUUAUGUGUGGUUCAGUUGUGGAUAGAAUAUCUCGACAUAAUUGCGUUCGAUUGAACAACUGUCCCUCAAGAUUCUCAUUAACUAAUCUCUUCAACUUUGAUUCCUAUGGGAGCGGUGGAAACAGUCCCAAUCAGUGUCCUUCCGACACUUUAUACGAUCCUUUUGCCGACACAUGCCGGUUAUUCUCGUCCUCUCGUAGAACUCACGGCUCAUUGAACAAUACCACCCCCUUACAAAACUGCAGCGAACCCGCUCUGACGUUCACAGCUGAAGAGUUCCGUGUCCUUCCCAACGGUAGCGUCCUCCUGUUGGGUUCUAACGUGUCCUGUCCAGCUGAGCAGGUGGCCAUUCUGAACACAACAGCAUCGAUCUGCGGGGAGUGCAUUCUUCAGUACUUCUCAAACUACACACAGAUAACUAACCCUUGGGGCGCUACCCAGGGCUGGUUAACCCUGGGUCUUGUGAUAGCGUCCGCUGUAGCAGUGUUUGGUUACGUGGUCCACAAUAUCAGGUCUGGCCAGUGGGAGAAAGUCCCAGAAAAGCUGAAGGUUCAGGUGUUGGUAUGCAUGGCGUUUGCUGAAGUCUUGUUUAUGGUACGUGUGAGGGUCCCCCUCGGAUCGGCUUGUGCAGCGUUCGCGGUACUUCUUCACUACUUUUUGCUGACGGCCUUCACAUCCAUGAACGCACUUGCCAUGGACCUCUUUUUAACGUUUCGUGAUGCUUUAGAAAGAGCGAAGCUGUACCAGUACCUGUUGUACACAUGGCUGAUGCCGGUCCCUAUAGUUAUAGUGACUGUGAUUGUAGAAUUCGGCAGUUCGGUCAGUGUGGGGUACGGAGAGAACUGUUGGAUCGGCAAUCCGGUAGCCAACCUGCUGGCUUUUGGAGUCCCUGUCUUCAGCGCCAUUCUGGUCAAUGCUGUCUUGGUCACUUUUGUCUUGCUGGCCAUACGGAAGUCAUUUGAGAUAGCCGACAAGGCAAAGUCACGUUCGAACAGCAGCAAGGCUUGGGUUUACCUGCGUAUCUGCUUCCUGACGGGGUUCACCUGGAUUCUCGGCUUCAUCUAUCCUUACGUCAACAGCCGAGCUGUCGAGUACAUCUUCAUUGUGCUGAAUGCUUCUCAGGGCCUUCUACUGGCCCUGAUACUGACAAUAACAUCGAAGGUGGUGAAGAAUUGGAAGGUGGCGAUCAGGGAACGCUUUGGUCUGGCUGAACCUAACAAAGGCAAUAGAGCAACCACCGCUGCCAUGACGCAGAGGACCACCGCAACGACGUGUGAGACCAGCUCUUCUGCAGACAUACCCCUGACAACUUUCACUGAUGUGGAGGAGAACAGAGCACGCAUUCAGCUAGAUAGUCAAAAUAGGGCCAGUGGAUGUACUGCCACUGUUAGCAAUCAGAAGACCACAGUGUGUGCUACAGAAAUGCCCAAGACAACUUUGGCUGAUGUCGAGAAAACUGCACGCUCUCAUCUGGACAAGCCUCAACAGGACAACGGAGCAACCGCCGCUGCAAGCACCAAGCUUGCCUCCACAGGGGGAACUGACGCAGUUGCAAGCGGAAGUGACGUAGUGGCAGGCGGAAGUGACGUAGUGGCAGGUGGAAGUGACGUAGUGGCAGGUGGAAGUGACGUAGUGGCAGGCGGAAAUGACGUAGUGGCAGGUGGAAGUGACGUGAUGGCAGGGGGAACUGACGUAGUGGCAGGCGGAAGUGACGUAGUGGCAGGCGGAAGUGACGUAGUGGCAGGCGGAAGUGAAGUAGUGGCAGGCGGAAGUGACGUAGUGGCAGGGGAAUAUGACGUAGUGGCAGGCAGAAGUGACGUAAUGGCAGGCGGAACUGACGUAGUGGCAGGCGGAACUGACGUAGUGGCAGGCGGAACUGACGUGGUGGCAGGCGGAACUGACGUAGUGGCAGGCGGAAUCGACGUAGUGGCAGGCGGAACUGACGUAGUGGUAGGCGAAACUGACGUAGUGCGUUUGGUUACCGCUCCCGAUAUAGAUGAAAAAGAGACUAGUUUCUAGUUUGAGCCGUUGACUUACUGACUUGACUUAUGUCAGGUAUCGCUCCUCCCCUGCCACGCAAACCACUGCAGCAGCCCAGAAGACCCUGUCCAGCAUCGCCUUUCCCAUGCUGUCUGCCUCUAGUUCUGAGCCGUUAGAGACAGCAUUGACAGCAACAACAGCUUUAAGAUUCCUUGUACACCUUCCUAUUUCAAAGAGAAUCACUCAAAAUCUAAUCAGUCUCAAUGAUUUAUAACGUAAUUAAAAUCAAGCUCAAAUCUAGCCACAAGCAUUGCAUACUUUAAUUAUAAGGAGAAAGAGAGAGCUUUAAUGCGCGAUAUUUUAGCAGGUUCAAAGUACGGCAUCGUGUACAUACAUGACAGUUAAAUUAUUGCAAUCUCAAAUAAAUUAUGUACUUCAUGAAUAACAGUAAUUAUGCAUACUGAUAGUCCAGAACAUUAUGUUUUAAAGUAAAG